CAAGUCGAAUUUAACAAUUAAUACUUCGUAAUCUUCUUACAGUAUAGAAAAUGAGCCUUUUAAUUGAAUGACUAAUACUUUCUUCCGAUAAGAUAUCCGCUUUAAAUGACGUAAGGAUUCUUCCCAUAUGACGAACCCUCCGUUCCCUCACGUGACAGCUGUCAUUUCUUAUCGCGCGUUCUGCUCAAUUGCACAACAUUCGCGAGACGGCGCGUUUAUAGAGGCUCGCUUUCAGUACUCAGAAGGUAAAGCUUUUAAACGACGAGAAGUUCACUUGAACGUUAAUCCCGAUGUAACCACGCGCAUUAUUGAAAAUUACUUUAAAAAUGUUUCGAAAAUGUAAGAACGUUCCUCACGAAGGUAGUGCGAGCACACACGGGGAGGCUCGUGCUGCCACGUUUCUAUGUCGCCGUGUCACCACCAGAUGGCGUCAUCCAACACCUCACGGUAACAGCACGCGCGACCUCCGGAUCAGCUGCACAUGAGGAGUCCAGAGGGGGCGGAGCACGGCGGCGUGGGGGCGGGGACGGGGACGCCCCGCCUACCUGUGUUUGUUUUCCCCACAGAGCUCGUGUUCUACUCCACUCAGCACAGCACACACCGUAGAGUUCUCACGCUCUACAACCCGUACAGCUUCCCCCUGCGCUUCAAGAUACUGGGUACAGCCCCUUCUCUGUACGAGGUGAUAGAAGCUGUAGGCAGUGUGAGAGCUCGCUCCUGUGUAGAUAUCGUGAUAAGACAGAGGGACGUGAGCCAACGGCAUUGGGGCAGAAGGAAUCGCUUCAGAGUGGAUGUGUGGGGGGCAGAUGGGCAACAGGGCAGCAGGGAGGUGUGGGCAGAACUGAGAGAGGCACUUGGGGGAGAGGAGGGGCAGGAGAAUCCCCAACGCAGAGCAAGAAUUGCCCCCACACUACCCAACCAAACAUCAGUAACAUUGUAUAACCAUCUCAGAGCGAGCCCAGCACCAUUGUUCCAUCUCAUGCCUGUGUGACUGUGAUGCAGAAGUUGGUGUGUUCCUAUGUGCUAGGUGAGACGUCCGGACAGCGUGAUGCCUACAGAAGCAACAGUGACUCUGGCCUGAGCCACUCUGCUCACAUUCACUGUGUUUUCACUCCUUCCCUCAGGGUUACUCACUGUGAUGUUUCUUCAGUAGCAGGAGGCUGAGGGAUUUAGGGGGAAGAGCUGGGGUUUAGUGGUUUAAGGUUGAGAGGGUUAGGUGCUAUGGUUUAGGGGUUAAGAGUUAGGGGCUAGGGUUAGGGUUUAGGGAGUUAGGGAUUAGGAGUUGGACUUUAGGGGGUUUAAGAGUUAUGGGUUAAAGGUUAGGGAGUUUGGGGGUUUAUGGAGUUAGGGUGUUAGGGGCUUAGGAGUUAGUGAAUUGGGGUUUUAGGUGUUAGGGUGUCAGGGUUUAGGAAUUAGUGAGUUUGGGGUUUAGGAGUUAGGUUUUUAGGGGUUAGUGAGUUAGCAAAUUGAGGGUUUUAGGAGGUAGGGUGUUAGGGGUUUAGGGAGUUAGGUUGUUAGAUACUAGACCUCACAGAUACAAAAGAGAUGAAUGAAGGUGUUGAGUCAUCAGACUGCCACUGACUGCCUUUUAAAGACUAAACCCAACUUCACUCCUAUCAACUCAAAGAGGCAUUAAGACAGUGAGGAGUGAAGCAUGUCUCACCAUGCAUGAUGCUGGACCCAGUGCUUCUCUUCAACUGGAACAUGAUAUCAUCAUUCCAACAGCUGCAGAAAAACAGACAUUUAAUGACACUGACCCCUAGAAGCCUAGGGUCAUAGAAACCAUGGUAACGCUCUGUACUUGUUAAACCUGUCAUAAAACCCCAAAACAAAUCAACCACCUUCAUUUGAAUUUGGCGUCAUUCAUUAAUAUUUAAAUUCAUUAACAGACCAGAGGCUGCAGAGAACAAUAAAUACAAAAAUGAUUUUAUACAACACAUACAUACACACACACACACACACAGUGUGGUCUGCUUAGGCUGCUCGGACACCAAAGAAAGGCAGUGCUCUGAUGAAGGUAUCCAGGCAGCUGGUGAACAGUUCACUCUGCAGGGUCUUACCCAACACACACAAAGGGUUCCUCACAACACACUCCACAUAGACCUACACAGAGAAAGACAGGUUUUUAAUUACAUAUGGUAAUGCUCUGUACUUGGUAAACCUGUCUAUUUUUUUUUUAUGAUUAGGGUUAUUUUUUGCGUUACAUUGUUUUCUUAGCCAGAACUGCAUAAAAUUGUUGAUGUUUGGAUGUAUUUUGCACCUGUAGUUAGGGAACUAGGGAAAAUUAUAAAAGUUUAUCUCAUUAUGUAUAAUUGUGUGUAUACUAUAAAUAUUCACAAACAUACAUGUGGAGAAGAAUAUUGUGUGUAUCGUGUUUCCUCUGAACAGUUCAGAGCCAUACUGUGGCUCUGCUGAUAGGGUUGGUCUGCUGUGUUUGCGUAUCAUUCCCUUGUCAGCCAUAAGAGAAGGAAAUGUGAACUGAGGUGAUUUUGAAAUGUAGUUACAGGAGGACUGGAAGUGAACAGUGUUACAGAAAUGUAAUUAAUGUUUCAAGAUAUAAUAAAGUGAUUCUUAUGGUUUAUUAAAAACCUGCCAAGGGUUUGUUUUGACAUUGCUAAGUUCUUCUGUAUGCUGGUAUAAUAAUUCUAUUUCAUUCAAGAAUAAAAACGCAGACUUGAGGAUUAUUUGAA